AUGGCACAUGCUCAAGGAAAUAUCAAUUUGAACCUUGAUGGAAAUAGAAAUGGAAAUGGCAAUGGAAAUGGAAAUGGUGAUGGGAAUGGAGUUAAUCAACCCCCACCUGCUAGGAGAGCUAUGUCCAAUUAUAUUGCACCCGAUUUGGAAGAACGUGACAGUAUCAACAUUCCGGGUGUAGAGGCCAACAAUUUUGAAAUCAAACCGGCGAUAAUACAAAUGGUUGCAUCGGAUCAAUUCGGAGGAUCACCUAUGGAAGAUCCAAAUGCUCAUAUUACUAAAUUCCUCCGGAUUUUGAGGGAUAAAGCUCAUAGUUGGCUCAUCUCCUUUCCAGCAAAUUAUUUUGAUAGUUGGGAUCAACUCCAUAGGGAGUUUUUGAAGAGGUUCUAUCCAAUCUCAAAGACCCAAAGGAUGAGGAGAGCUAUACAAAACUUCAAGCAAAUCCAAAAUGAAUCUCUAGCCGAGUCUUGGGAGAGAUUUAAGGAACUACGAAGACAAUGCCCUCAUCAUGGUAUUCAAGGAUGGGAUCUAAUGAUGGCUUUUUAUGAGGGUUUGCUAGACAAUUCAAAGAUCUUGGUUGAUGCUUCAUCGGGAGGAUCAUUCACGGUUCUUGAACCCACUCAAGCGGAGGAAUUGUUAGAGAAAAUUGCUAUGAAUGGAUCUACUUGGUAUUCUGAGAGGUCUUCUCAAAGACUAGUGGGUGGUAUUCAUGACGUAGAGCAAAUAACCGCCUUAUCGGCUAAGGUGGAUAAUGUGGCAACCAUGGUUCAAAAGCUAGCUCAAAUCACUAUUAAAAAUCAAAACGUGAGCUAUGCUUCUAUUACUUCUUCUCCUUUGAGACCCGUAAUGAUGUGUGAUUUAUGUGGAGGAGAACAUAACUCGGGAGAAUGCUUUAAUGAUGACACGAGUUCUCAAUCUUCCAUAGAGCAUGUUGAUUUGGUAGGAUAUGGUAGACCACAACAAUCUUUUCAACCUCAAGGAGCCUAUAAUCCUAAUACCUCAAGGAAUCAUCCCGGCUUUUCUUGGAGCAACCCAAUGGGGGCGGCAAAUCCCCAAAAUUAUGACAAUAGAAACCCAAAUCAAGGAUUCCAAGGUCAACAAAAUUUUAGAGGGGGUUCAACACAACAAUUUAGGACAACUCAAGGAUUUCAACCCCAAGCUCCUACUAUUCAACCAAGGCCGCCACUACCUACUUUGGAAGCUCCACCUCCACCGAAUUGGGAAGCUAUGAUGGAAAUGAUGGUGAAAUCUCAAUUGCAAAGUGAUGAAAGAUUUAGACAAGUGACAGAGAGGUUGGACCAAUUGAGUGCUCAUAACAAGAUGCUAGAGAACCAAAUAGCAAAUCAAGCCUCAACUUUUAGCACCAAAGUCACUGGGAAGUUGCCUGCUUGUCCCGAGAAUCCCAGAGAGCAUGUCAAUGCCAUUGUAACAAGAAGUGGCAAAAAACUUGAAGGACCACCUCUUCCGGUUGACGAACCACGGCCAAGUAAAAUCAUUGAUGUUGAGAUUGAAGAGAAACUUGAGGAAGAAGAAGCUAACCCCCGCCCCCCCCGCCCCCCGCCCCCCCGUUUUGAAUUCGAGCCCUCAAAGUCAUGA